AUGAGAGCCAAUCAGAAGUGUAUAAUUUUCGACGUCAUUGCUAUACAGGACCUAUUCAUCCGCGCGGUAUUCUCCCGGCGACGCGCUCAAUCGGUGGCGGAAGGCGUGGGUGAGACACGACCGGGCGGAGCGCCUACACGCCGCGAUGACGACAUGUAUAGCCCCGUGCGAAUCAUCCACAAGGAGCAGGACUCCAUCGCCGCCUUCUGCCUCAACCGGGUUGGCGGUGGCCUCCUAGCUGUCGCGACAGCCCGCGAAGUCCAAGAGAUGGAUGUGUCCCUGCUGUUGCGUGGAGGAGUCAGCUGGUCGGAGGACGAAUGCGACGUAGACCUCAUGGGACUGGGCACAGACCCCGCUACAUUACCAGAUACCGGCUUCCUGCUCAUCCAACACCAGGACAAGCCCAACAACGGUUCAGUGCCCGGCACGGGUAACAGUUCGCCGCUGAACCCCAACGCGCCGCAAGUACCCAUCGGCAUGGCCAGCCAAACCGGCCGCGGCGCUAGUGUCCACGAGCGGCGUUCGAGCGCGUCGAUCUCGGUCCCGAUUGGACACGAAGCCUUUGUGCACACAGUGCUGAAACACAAAAUUGACAACAUCAAACGAAUGGCAGCUCAUCCUUCGCAACCAUUGUAUCUAACCGGUGGUGCUGACGGCUCGGUCCAACUCUGGGAGUGGGGCCACGGCUCGUGCGUGUGGUCGCCGCGCGCUCCCGGGGCCUUCGCCAAAGUCACGCGCGUGCGCUUCAGCGACUACGGGAAUAAGUUCGCGGCCGCCGACGCUGACGGCAAUCUGGCCAUGUGGCAGCUGCAUCCACCGGCUAACAGCCACGCGGGACAGGCGCACGCGUCGCCGAGACCUUUCUUCACUCACCAAUGCCAUAGUAAAGGAAUCAGCGACUUCGUAUUCCUGGGCUCCUGCAGUUUGGUUGCGACAGCUGGACACAGUUCCGAGAGCAAGAACGUUGCCAUCUGGGACACUUUGAUGCCCAUAAAGAAGGCCCUUGUCGUUUCGUGGACGUGCCACGAGGGCGGCGCAGCGUGUGUCGCUUGGGCGGGCGCGGGCGGCGCGCUGGUGUCUUGUGGGCGGCGCGGCGACGUGCUGGUGUGGGACCUGCGCGCGCGCGCGCCCCGCCACAAGCUGCACGCGCACCACGCGCCCAUCAAGUGCGUCGCGCUCGCGCCGAGGGAGGACAUGUAUGCGAUCGGAGCCGCUGAUGGAGACAUCAAGGUGUUUUCGUUGGCAACACAUCAACUGCUACACACUUUCGCCGGAGAACACGCACGUAGCUCUUUCUUCAAGCACAUCGGGCAAGGUGUCACUCAGAUACACAUUGAUAACGCGGGGCGCCUGUUCUCGUGUGGCGCGGACGGCACGAUGAAGGUGCGCAAGCUGCCUGAGCGUGACGCGCCGCCGCUACACCAUGCGCAGUAUUGAGCACGCACCGUAGGUGGGAAGUAGACGGGAGAGAGCAUAAUGCCGGACGGGCGCCCGCUUGGUCCCCUUGUGAUGUAUUUAUCGUUGUUGCUAUUCAAAUGUUACGAGUAUGAUUGAUGGAUAUUAUACGCCGUUAGACUAGUCACUGAGUAGCGCAUGUUGUAUCUUAUAUUGUAUGUAUUUAAAAUGUUAAAGAAUCUUUAGUUAUUUUUAGUGUGAAAUCUUCGCUAUUUUUAUCUAAUCUUCCUAGUUGAAUGAAUAUAAAUAUAAUAAAUUAUUUAUUUGCACUCGCUGUUAGUCGAGCUGGUUCCACCGCUGUGGCUGGCCUAAAUUGUUCUGAUGUUAACAGACGACGGUAGAUGAAUAUUGUAUGAUGUGGAGUGUAUAUUUAUUAGUAUUGUAAAAGUGCAAUAAUCUUACUAACACGAUCGGUUACUUAUGAAUCCGACUGCUGGCGACGUCAAGCCUUCACCUAGAUAACGUGUAGCACGCGCUCUACUUAGCUUACGAUGUGAGUGCAUAAAUAACUCUUAUUGUGUAACUUGUUGACGCAUAAUAAAUAAUUUAUCGAGCAUACUAUAUUUCACGUACCAUGUGUUAAUCUUGUUGGCUUAACUGUUUAACGAUGUUUAAAUAAUACCCACGUCGCUGUGAGACGCAACAUUUCGUCGGCGUUGUAUCUUCGUGUAUCGUGUAUUUAUAUUCCCUAAAUAUCGCACACCUCGUUCGAUUAGUUAGUCGUAAGUGUUUCUCUAUCUCAAUGUGAUGUUUCGAGAUUACUCGUUCGAUUUAUUUAUUAAAACUUGAAGCAUUUCUUUAGAUUGGAGCAAUAAUGUAAUUAUUCUUUUCUAGACAGUAUUAAGUAAAAUAAUAAAUUGAGGCUGCGAUAUUUAUUUUUCGAAGAUUUAAUCGACGAUGUUGGGAGGCAAGAAAUGUUUGUUAUUUGUAUGUAUCAGAAAUACAAGAAUGAAUGGUUUAAAUUCAUUAAGUUGGGUUAGCAACUGGGCUGACCCAACCUUAUAUUCCAAUUUUGACUAAAUUGUUACUCUUUUUAUUUACUUAUUUAGUAACAAAAUUUUUGGCCAAGACUUAUUUCGCUUUUACAAUUCCAUGUUUUGAGAUUUUUAUUUAUAGUAAAUGUAAUGGAAAUAUAGUUUAAUUUCAUAAUAAACGCACGUACCAUCAUCAAUAUAAUCUUUGCUAGUGCUAAUUAACGUUCCAUUCAUAAAUAUUAACUUUCAGUACUAACAAGCAUAACAUAACUAAAAUUAUUUUCUUUUCUUACAAGCACAUCCUAGUACUUACUUAUGCCUGUCCUGUGUUAAAAGACAUCAGUUCCCUUGUUUUUGUUGGUUGACUAUUUGUAGUAAGUUUCUUUAGGUUAAUAUAGUUUUACCACCAAAGUUUAAAUUGUACCCUUAAUAAAACGUAUUUGGAAUCCACUAUAGAAUAUUAGCUAAAUACGUAAACUGUUGAAUAAAUCUUUUAAAUGGAAUGUGUUACCGUAUUGUUUAUUACAAGCAAGUAGAAGAAAAUAAUUAUCAGCAAUAAACCGGUAUUCAAUUGUAUGAUUGUUUCUGGUCCCGUGGUUUGUUAUUAAACGAUGAUAAUAAAUGUAUUAUCUAUUAAUAAAUAUUUUACUGAUUAGCAAAAUAGGUUGAAUUAUUCCUACUGAUACCUGGUUUUGUUAACUGUAUAAUAAUAAUGCCAGUUAUGUUGUUUUCUCUUCGUUGUCACAUCAUACCACUUACGUGGAAGCUGUGAUGUACUCCCGUUAGUUAAUGUAGGUCUGUUUAUUCAUUUAUUUUAUUUCAUGCCUUGAAAAUACUAGAGGACAAAAUGUAGACGGGCGAUGAAUGUAUAAAUGUGUGCUUCCUCUCAAUAUGGGGGUAACAUAUUACACACCAGGUAGGUAAAUGUUGCGGGAAUGAUGAUAGACACUCGGCAACGCUCCAGUGUCACGUAGAUUGAGCGUGUCGUUCAUUAUGUCCUUUUGUGUAUCCGAGGCUGUUAUGUUGGCUGGAUCCAAAUCUCCAG